AUGGAGCCCACGGAAAGACCGGUAUCACCCUGUCCCGAAUAUUGGUUACAGGCGACACACGAACGUACAUCGUGGAUUCCACAUCCACGCGCCCUGACCGCGGCCGCGGGCGAGGCAGUGACGGCCCUCGAAGGCGAGAUCGACUGUAUGGCACAUGCAUUAGCCGGUCUGCGUGCCCGUCGAAACGCUCUGCUUCCUAUCUCGCUCUUGCCUGAGAUCCUCGAGAACAUCUUCAUGUUCCUGCGCGACGUGUGGCCUAUGCAAGAAGGGGACUCUGGCUGGUUCUCUAUCACUCAGGUCUGCUCUCAAUGGCGAUCCAUCGCGAUACACCACGCACCUUUUUGGACCAGACUAUCUACUGGACUACACGAAGUGGGCUUAUGGGAGUUGUUCUUGAAAAGAGCUGGCCGAGUGGCUUUGCGCGACUUCUUCUGGCGGCGAAGAUUCCCUGCGGGAAUAGACCGUUACACACCACUCACCUUCCUUGAGUUCAGGGACGCGAUGAUGGGUGACCUAUCACUCGUACGCGGUAUACACAUCGAAGAUGCAAUAUCGGAGAGGUGGUUCUGGCCUGAUGAAGACGAAGAAGACGGAGGACACAUAGUCCCGUCGCUCCUUGUCGAGUUCCUGAAUACCCUCGCUCAUCCUGUCCAACACCUCACAGAUCUUGUACUCCUAAUACCAAGGGAUAAGGGGCCGGCCUUGCUUGCUGACGGCACGAGCGACCCAAUAAUGACAUCCCCCGCUCGUAUCCUGUCGCAUCACACCCCGAAUCUGGAGCGCCUCGUCCUGCGAGGGUUUUCUUUCGCCUGGACGGCCGGUGGUGUUCUCCCUUAUCUCCGUUCUCUCACUCUGCUCCCUUGGAAAGGCCAGGCUGAAAGGGAUCUCACACAUACAUUCAAGGACGUCGCAAUUGCACUGAGGCAGACUCCCUUACUGGAAGAACUCGUCCUGGUGCGCCAGGUUCCCAUCCCUCCGGCAGAUCUCCAAGAAGACCCUAUCAUCCUGCCGCGCCUUCGGACUCUGCGCCUGCGUGGGAAGCUCAAAAGCUAUCUGGCUCUCUGGCGUUUACUCCGAGUUCAUCCCGACGCGCACGUCAGCAUCGUCUUCCAUUCGAUAAAACACAGAAAUGACUUCGCCGAGAUCGGCUCCCGCCUCACUUCGCACCUGGAGGAAACCAAUCUGACGUAUGAUACUCUAUCACUCCACACGGUCGAGGCUCCGGAAGGUGAAAAUGGCCCUGUCACCGACGGAUGGACCGGAUGGGACACGCGGACGCUCGCGCUCGACCUGUAUGACGGGGCGCGCAAGAUUCGCCCUCGCGGCAGUGCGUACGAACAGGACGCAGUAUGGGCAGCAGAAGGGCCGUUCUUUCACCCUGGCAUCCAUCUUCAAUGGUUCUUCUCGCAGGAUUUCCAUGACUUCCACCGUACAUGGCAACAGGAGUUCGACGCAGAGGCGGACCCGGACGAGACAAAGGACGAACUAGAAAGCAUAUAUGCGCCAAUGCCACAGCCGACUCCGAUCUCUACCUCAUCUUUCGAUCCUUUUCGAAGAGAGCCUCCGCCGCCGCCACCACCACCACGCGACUUGCUUGACCGGGCAGCUCACCCAAUUCUCAAAAGGCUCCUAUGGCCAGGCGUCGAUAUGUCUCGCUUGCGCAAGCUCUUGCUGAGAACACGCGGAGAAAGGCGUGCUUCCUCGUUGUCCUCUGCUCGGUGGACGCCAUUCCCAUGGAACGCGAGGCUGCUCAGGCCACUUUUGCUGAGAGCGAAGGCGCUGGAAAACAUCGAGAUUUCAGUAGCUCAGUCGAAGAAAGAAGCCGUCUGGUCCAUCGCUCAGGCGCUGAAGCCAGUGGACGCAGUGACUCCGGCUCGCGCACUGAAGACGUUGUCCUUACGACGUGCAAGUUUCCUGCAGCACAACACGGGAGUAUCGCAAGUUACCUCAUUUUGUGAUACACUUGUGCAGCGUGUAGAGCGGGGUUGCGCUCUGACUGCCUUGAAGCUUAUACUGUGUCGCACAGACGGCAACCCGGUGGUGGAGAGGCUGAGGGAGCUUGUGGCUCAUGUCGAGUGCGACGAUCACACACUCACCCGCUACGCCGACUGGGUAACCCCGUUUCCGGUGUCCGAAGGGGAUGAUGAAGAGCAGGUGUUCGAAGAUGACAUGUACGGGGUAUUGUAG